AUGCAUGCAGUCCCGGACGGCAACCGACCCCCUAGUCCAUCGGCUUCGUUUGUGCUCCCCCCCGCCAACCCCCGGUCGGACAUCUUCUCGGCCGGGAUCAUUCUCGUCGAACUGCUGAUGGCUGGAGUGGCCGGCGAUGGGCCCACGUGGAACACUGCCAUGGAGCGCAUCUCCAUUCUGGGAGCCCUUCGUGACGGCCGAGAGUCCUCUUUACCCGCCACGCUGCUUCGUGAUCGAGGCGUUGGUGCUUGGUGUCGCCAACUCGUCUUCCGCAUGGUGAAUUGGAGUGUUGAUGGGCGUCCGACCGCCCAGGAGGUUUUGGACGAGAUUGAAGCUGCGCAAUGGGCAUCUUCUCGUCACAACCCAUACCUCGGAACGCAGCACUCGCGAUCUCCACAGCUUCCCCGCGCGGCAUAG